GCCGCGAGAUACACGUGCGAGCGCGGGCCAUGGUCGCGAGAACCGAUGAGAUGUUCGGCUGCUAUGGUGACAGCUACUCGUACCGCCUGUGGAGCCUGGCCAACGUUUGGGGCGCCUGCCGAUGUGAGUUGGGACAGUAGAACCGAGUAUCACGUCCUCGCAGUGCUCGAAACGUCCAACGGAAAAAAGUUCAAGUUUAGCUAGUGCGUCGCGGUAUACUCGUAUAAUGAAUAGUUACCAUCCGUGUUAAUAGGACUGUAACUACGACCGUAUCGCAGUGGUUGCAAAAAUAAAAUAUAAAAAUAAAGUGCGUCCAAAAUUCACUACUAAAAAAUAAAUGAAAUUCGCGCUACUGUUGCUAUUAGAGUGGUUGCAACGUAUAAAAGUUUAAGUGCGUCGAAUUUUACAAUAUUCUACCGUUUGCUACUGUGCAAAUCCCCUUGCACAGUGGUUGCGACAUACAUAAGUUCAAGUUCAGUAAACAUACAGUGCGUUGGGGGCCGCGAUCCUCUGCCUUAGUGGAUCCGACGUAGGAACGCACCAGUCGAGUUAGUGUGUCGUAAACACGGUCAACUGUCGAGUCGCCGUAGGGCAGUGAGUGAAGUUGUGGCUCAAUGAAAGUGCAUAGCCAGCCUAUGGGAGUGGGCGGCUGGUACGAAUGCUUGGCGGCCGACUGGCUCGCCGACAUGAGGAGUAAGCAGGUCCCCACGUCCACCACCUCUGCCAGGCGGCUGGCGGCCUUAAUCCGGCCGCUAGCGGGCGCGGGCGCGGAGGGCAAGCCGCCGGAGGAGGAGGCGGAGCGCUCGGGCUCGCCGCUGGGCCCGGGCGGCCCCUUCCCCUGCCGCCACUGCCGCGGCGCCUACCCCUCGCGCGAGCAGCUGGAGCGCCACGAGACGCUGCACGCGCCCAGCACUCAGGUGGAUAACGUCAAAUAUUCUUGUAAAAUAUGUCCGAAGAGCUUCGACAAUGUCUACCGCCUGCAGCGGCAUAUGAUCAGUCACAUCGACUGCGCAUCGAUACGGAAGUACAAGUGCAACGACUGUGAAAAAGCGUUCAAGUUCAAACAUCACCUCAAAGAACAUCUGCGAAUACACAGCGGCGAGAAACCCUUCGAGUGCGCGAACUGUGGAAAGAAAUUCUCCCAUUCCGGUUCGUACUCCUCGCAUAUGACCUCCAAGAAGUGUCUCGUUAUGAACCUCAAGAUGGGAAGAAUAAAACCGAACAACCCUGCUCUGAAUCCAGACCGAAACAACUCACGAAAACGAACGAACGCUUUGGUCGCAUCGCAGAUGAACAACAACAUAGCGCCCAACAACUCAUCGUUUUUACCCAUCCUACCCAAGUACAACGAGGCAGCAGCUGCAUUUUUUGCAUCGAUGUCUACCCAAGAAAAUAACUUUCACCGUCCACCUUUAGGACAGCCGGGAAUGAAUCCUUUCUACAUGCCACCCGGCAUGCCCAUGAGUCCAGCCAGUGGUAUCGCCCCUUACUCUUUUCCAGCCUCGUUGAGUCAACUGUUCGAACAGAUAGCCUCCCAACAGUACCAGCAGAGAAAGAUGGAAAACCCGAGUCCGAAACAAGUGAGCCCACUCGGUCCAAAUCCUGAAGAUUUAAUAGAAGAAGUAAUCGAAGAAGACGAUAAAAGAUCCGAAGGCAGCGCUGAACUAGUGAUGGACAUCGAGGACGACGAUAACAUUUCCAUUAAAAAAGAACUCGAAGAUCGAGACAACGAACAAAUGUUACGGUCUAGAGAUUUCGAGACUGUCCCGACUAGUAAUAAUGGUUCUGAAGGCGAUGAAUCAGGCUUUAAUACAAUUUUAAAAUCUGUUAAUGCGUCGGUAACGAAACAUUUUUUUAGAGCCAACAUGGAAAGCUUGUCCCCGGUCUCGGGCAAAGUGUUCCCGACAGUAGAGUCUCCCCCUGCUCAGCAUUUAACAGUAAAAGAAGAGCCUGAGGAUCCCCACCGUUGCUUAAAGUGUAAUCUAACAUUCACUGGUAAAAGUGAUCUUUACGAGCAUGAAAAACUGUGCGGAAAUAUGUUCAGAAAGCACGAAGGUCUAGCUGCUCAAGUGGCCGAAACGGUAGCACUCAACAGAUUAGAAGCUGAAAUGCGGGCGUCGAUACAGAGUGGAGUGAGUGCGAGUGAAGAUGAAGACUAUGGAAAAGACGAUCACGAAGAUAAAGCAUCUUUACACGACAGCGAUAGAAAAAUCAGAGUCCGCACGGCGUUGAGUGAGGAACAACAAAUAGUGUUGAAAGAGCACUACGCUAUAAAUCCUCGUCCAAAUCGGGAAGAGUUUAAAAAGAUAGCACAACAAAUUGGCCUAGACAACAGGGUUGUACAAGUAUGGUUCCAAAACAAUAGGGCCAGAGUACGGAGAAUGUCGCAAGUGGUCGCACUGUCCGACCAACCCUUGGAUUUGUCCACAAAGAAGUCGAGCGCUUCCGUUACGUCGAGUCCGUCGCCUUCGCCGACUUGCAGCAUUUCCGUCACACAUUCCGAUUCCGAAGAAGCCGUUAAUUUAAGUCAGAAAUCUUCACGAAGUACCACGCCACACCGCUCACACUAUUUAAACACGUACCCACAUUCCAAUUGUUCUUCCUCUUCAUAUAUCGACUUUCGGUUGUCGCCCUCGCCUGGCGAAAUUAUAAGUGGUCAAAAAAGGCCAAUGUCCCAAAAGAUGUCUGUCAACCCUGUGAUGCCCAUGGACAAGCUACUCCAGUACAACGAUAUGACGAACGGAAGAUCACCGAUUCUCAAUAUGCACAUGUCGUCAGAGAAAAGGCAUGAAUCCAGUCCGUCUUACGAUCGGCCUAAUUGGAGCGACGAUCUACAUUUACAAAACGAUUUCGAUGACGAAGCAUCCGUACUUAAAAAAAGUAAACUAAAAAGCUCAAGCGAAUACAAGGAGGGAGAAGGGCAGUUCGUGUGUGACCAGUGCGACAAGACCUUCGUCAAGCAGAGCUCCCUCGCGAGACACAAAUACGAACACUCAGGUCAGCGGCCCUACAAAUGCGCAGAAUGCGACAAAGCCUUCAAGCACAAGCACCACCUCACGGAACACAAGCGCCUGCACACCGGAGAGAAGCCCUACCAGUGCUGCAAGUGUCUCAAGAAGUUCUCGCACUCCGGCUCCUACAGCCAGCACAUGAACCACAGGUUCGCCAUCUGCAAGCCCUAUAGAGACUAAUUCAACCAUUCAUACUGUUCUAGCUAAAAUUUGGAAAUCUAUGUUCAAUAUUCAGACAUCCUGUGCAUGAAAAUUCCGCUAUGUGGAAAAUCAGAAGUUUCAGGAACUCUAUUACUUGGACUUUAAACUUGUUUACUUUUAGAUCAAAAUCACAUAGUUAAAAGGUUAUCUCUUGAAAUAGCACACACGCUAAAGUAUGGGUUUCUGCAUGGAUGUUUGCAUUUAAAACUGAUGAAUUAGCGCGCGCAUUGUCAACUCGCAUGCCCGCGUUAUUUACAUGGUUUACAAAAAAGUUAUAUGUUUACAUUUAUUCAGAAAGUUCUCACACAAGAUAACUUCGUAUCAACACGAUGAAAAUAACACGGCAAAAGUUUGGAGGAUAUUUUUUUUUAACCUUUAAUUGAGUUAGUACGGACCCUUCUAAGAAACUAAAGGAAAGCCGCUGGCAUCUGCUGUUAGUAUGAGGCUGUUAUUUAGUAAUAACUAAUAUAUACCUAAGUCUAAUAAUAUAGUCUAAUCAUUUUUGAACCAAGGUACUUAUUGAGAAAUUUUUCUUUCUAAAAUUCUUCAUACGAAGUUUUAAUUAGCUGAAAUAUUAUUUAGCUAUGCCUAUAUUCAAAAAAACUGUUACAAAUUAGGUAGGGUACAUUUUUAUCUAAGUAAUUGAUUUUUCUAAUUGGUACAAAAUAUUGUCCUUUGAAUUUAAAUAGUUUUUUUAUUAAUAUUUUAAUGAACUACAUAGUGCCAAAUACGUUUACCAAAGAAACGAAUGUGCCAUUUGAUAUGCCAAAAAAUCAAAUAUUUUCUUUUAUUUAACAAUAAUAUCAAUUAAGUAUAAUUAAUUUUAUUUCGUACUGUAUCGCCAAGGCCAGUACCUGUAAUAUAAUACUCAAAAUGUUAUUUUAUCAUUUUUACACUUAUUAGUUAGGUAUGUAAAUGAUAUAACCUAUAUUAUAUUUAGUACAUAAGGCUGUUAGCACAUCGGCUGUUUUCCCUUGAGCGAUAAUCCCGCUUACUGAUUGAUACAGUAAAAAAGUGCAUUAAUUUAAAGUUGAAAAUUAAACACAAACGUAUUUAAUUCCCGCUUUGCUGGCUGCAGAUCCAUAUAAAUUGAACUUUGAUGCAAGCUAGCUGCGGUCCAUUUUAUUUAAACGUCAAAGUCUUUCGACGCUCAAAGUCUAUUAACGUUGAUGAGUUGUAAGAAAUCUUACAUACUGCAGGGUGAUUCGCUAUCUCAGUAAAAAACACUAAAUGAUAGCCAUCAAAAUCAUUCGACAUUGGAAAGUUCUUGCUUAACUGAGUCAUACAUACCAAAAUAAUAUUUCGUAGAAAACCUUCAAUGCAUUCAAAAUAAUCGUCAAAAUAUGAACUCGGUGGCUACCACUCAGUGUUGAUCACUGAGUUUGUUAUUCAUGUGCAAAGCGUUUUAGUUGCUCACGCGAAAGUUACCAGUUUGCGGCCAGCCUAAUGAGAGAUCUUGUCAUUAUUUUAUAUGUUUAUGAAUUUAUUAAUAUUUUCGAAUCGAACAUGGUAUGAGCAUUUGCUAAACAAAGUGCAAAUAAUAAUGUUAUGUAGGCUAUCCCAGACCUGCCGCCAUAGCACCUAGUUUUAUUGGCUCAAUUUACCUGCUGUUGUAUAAACUACGUAUUUAGUCAAUAGUGACCUUUGAACAACCUCAGGCCAAAUAGCUUAGAUUUUCUUAGAAUAUUUAAUUAUUACCAUCACCGGACUAAAGUAAUCAAACAUUUUGACUACAGUCAGUAAACUAUUAAAUUACGAAAGUUGGAAUACCUACGUACCGUUUUUAGAAGACCGUGUGUUAGUUAUAAAAAGAAUUCAAAAGUACAUACUAAAUGUGUAGUGCUAUAACUUACACGAUGGUACGGAACCCUUUGUGUGCAAGUCCGACUCAUACUUGACUAAAUUUUUUUCUGUUAUCUGUGAUUGCAAUAAAGUUUGCAGUGCUAGGAGCGGUGCAGGUCUACCAAUGACAAUAUAAGUAGAUAAGAACCCUAUCCGUAUAACUUGGUCUUCGUGUAGAUAUAUACUGACCUACCUAGUGAACUAUAUACGUACACACAUGUACAAAGGUCCGCCGAACUCGCGUCUACUUUAGUAGACAUCUAAUUUCAUGCUUCCAACAUGGAAAUUGCUUUUCCUUUGAACCGAUAAAGCUUCGGUCACAUUAUUUUCGUAUUAGCGUCAGUAUUUUACAAAUUUAGAACGAAAUUUUCACCUACCAAUAACGUCAUCUUUCGUUUAGGACGCCCACGGCGGCUUUUUGCAGCGCUAAUGCGCGACUGUUUCGUACGACAUCGGGUAAAAAAAGCGGGGAAUGCCGCAGCAUAGAAUAUACAGGGUGCUACCUGAACGCUACCAAAAACGAAGACAGGUGAUAGUACUGAUGGUUACUGAUAAGAUACCAUAAAAAAAACGAAAAAAAAUAUUUAAAAAUUCUGUAUUUUAAAAAAAUGCACAAUAUAUUGCAAACAAAACGUCUGAAUGACGCUAGAAGUCAACGAGCGUUGCGUAAAUAGGUCACUCGAAGUCAAUGCCGCGUCGUAGAUGGGGCAUUGACCCGAGUUUUGCACGCUAUACAAUGCGGGUUUGAAAAAUACUAAAUCACAAAAACUAUAAGAUAAGGCAAAUGGUUAUUGGCAUUGGAGUGUGUUAAGUUAGUAUAAUAACAACGCUAAGUUUUUGGUAGCAUUCUGGUUACACCCUGUAUAAUACUAAUGCCGCAACAUCGUAGUGCCGCUCGGCAGCGGCAACACUGUAUCGGUGCCGCAUCGCGUCUGUAUCGCGAUAGUAGCGAUGGACAUCAAUUCAUUGUUACGUGGCGACCAGCGGCAGUACCUGUUGCAACUGUAUCGCUGCAAGAAGUCGCCGUGGGCAACCUCUCUUAUUCCAAUCGCACAUCUUUCACGCCGAACGUGUCCAACUUUUUAGGCGAAAAGUUUAAACGAAAAAAUGACACUAAAAUGAUGUGUGAUUAUCAUUAAUCUCUUAAAUACUAUCAUAAAUAUGUAAGCUUCUCGUAUUUUAGCACAUAAGUAUUUACUAUUUAGAUAGUUUAUAAUAAUUAAAUAAGUUUGAAGCAUUCCAUAAUACUCCUAUGGGAUCUCUGCUGUGUUUAAAAAACUCUCUCGAUUAAUAAAUAAAUAAUUAAUUAAUCCAAAGAUUAGUUCGUAAGAGAAUGUAAAUAAUACUUAUUGUAAAAUGUAAAUAUAUUGAGGAAUUUAUUUGUAAAUAUGCGCUUUAAUUUAAUUCGAAUAGUUAAAGAUUUAUCUAUACACAUUAUGUAAUUACUUAGAUACAAGUGCUGCUCGCACAUUACAGCAUGUGACAAAAGCGCCGCAAAGAAUGCAUCCUCAAUUCGGUACAUAUUUUUUUCGGUACUAGAAAUAUACCAUCCCCAAACCAUAUUGUACCUACUACCUACUUAUCUAUAGUUAACAAUUUUCUUCUUAAUUAAUACCAACACAUAAAUAUAUCACACCGGAUACCAAAUAAUAUAUCUAAGACCAGACAUCUAUAUAACUGAGUACGUACAUAAUAUGUGAGUUGUCGUCGUUCACUUUUCGUAGUAUAGGAUACCUAAAUAACAUAUCCACUGAGAUAUGUCAAAAACGAUCGAUUCAUGAAAAAAUGCAUUUUUAGCGUUGGUUUUCAUUCACAUGUAAUGUGCGCUUAGCAUAAUAAUAUGGUGCAGCCACACUCAUGGCGAACAUCAGCUAAUGUCUAUCUUCUAUUGACCAGUGGUCGGCAAGCGUCACUAAGUGCCUUGAUCAACACCAAGGCUCUUAGUGCCUUUUUACACUCAUGUGCUUGCUGACAUUAGCGAACGUUUGUCGUACGUGUGAAAGCACUAAUAGAGGUCAAAAUGUAGUGCCAAUUGAAACAAUGAAUAUGAGACAAUAAAUAAGGAAUGAACAUCUGUUUAUUAUUAUGAAAGCAAUGGUACAUAAUAAUUAUAUUUAAAAUCUGUAUUUACUUAUAUAAAUAUUCCUAAAGUGUAACUGUUAUUCAAGUUUUUGUCUUAUACAAUUCCUAAAUAAUCGAAUUAUUGCGAAUUUAAUAAUAAUUACACAUUCGUUAUGCAAAAGAUAAUGGAAAAUAUUAGACAGUACCGUAAUGGUAAGGAGGCAGAAAUUACGAAAUACCUGAGGCCCUGACUCCCAGGGGGCCUCGUCUACGUUUAUUUAAUUUAUUACUUUGUUGCCCCUAGUGUCCAUUUUAAUCAGAUUACCGUAGUAUUAUGUAUAUGAUACUCUGAUUAAAAUGUAGGUAUGUCAAAAACCAUCAGCAAAUUUUUCGUUUCUGUUAAAACCUUUAACCGAAAAUUUUGCCCAUAAUAAUAGAUCAAUGAAUUGAUUAUUUAUUAAAAUGGUACGCCAGUUAUAAGUCAAAAGGCCAUUUUUCGCGAAAUAAUAAAUUCGAUGUACUUAAAAUGAUACAGCCAGUUAUGAACUAAGAAGGUGCUUCCAUUUUAACUCUCAAUACUAGGAAAAAUUGUCGCAUAAAUAAUAUUUUUAUCAUUAGCGGAAGCACCUUCCUCCACACGUAGUUCAUUUAAUUUGAUUUCAUACGAAAACAUUUAAUUAAUUUUCACUAUUUAUUUCAUGCACCAAUAAUUCAGUAUGUUAGAACAGAAAGUUCCUAAGUAAAAUAUUUUUAAGAGAUACCUAAUGAUUUAUCUAUAUUUUCUAAUUGUAAGUAGGUAAAAUUAAUUUCUAAAGGUUUCUAAUCAACGAAUUACAUAAAACUAUUGCAAGCAGUAUAUUAUUAUUAUGUGGACUUCUUAACACAAUAAGAUUUCCGUAAACACAAAUUUAAAUUUUCGCAUGAUUUCAAUCUUAGUUGUAAAUUGAUAUCUAAAUUAUGUUGUUGGUAGCAAGGCAAAGAGAUCAAUUUCUUAUGCGAGAUAAUAUUUUUAAGUUCACCAAAAUCUUUACAGUCUCACAAAGAUUUACAUUCAAUAUUUCAAAAGAUACAAAAUUUCAAGUUGAACAGUUUAUCUCUGGUAAACAGUUUUUUAAAUACCACUGUUCUCGCUAAGUACUGAUCUCAAGUCUAAUCAGUAUUCUGCUAACACUUUGAAAUUGCGCUUAAAUGCGAAAAAAAUAUACUAUGUAAAUAAUGAUAUAUACUAAUCAAAAGAACAUUGUAAAUUUAAUAUUGUAAUCGGAUUAUUUGAACCUGUUUGAUAUAUUUCAUAUUUUAUUAUGUACAACUUUAGUUUUAAGAACCUGUUCACCUGUGAUUGGCUUUACAAGCAAGACAAGUAUAUAAAUUUAAUAAACCAGUAACACCUCUUAUUAUGCGUUACGGGUUGACGUCGAGCAUAUUAUAAUAGACUUAAUAAAAAACUUAAAAGCUUACUGAAUAGUGAAACUGGUUGGACACACACCGACAAAAUUUUACGUUAGUGUAAUAAAAUUGUUGCCUUACUCAUAUUAUGUCACUUACAAUGGUUGUCGGAGUAGUAAGAUUUAAAAAGUUAAAUUUAUACAUUUGCCUCGCUGUUUUAGAGACGAUUCUUGAACGGGUAGUGUAAGUGAUUCCCAAAUAAUCACUGGUGGGCUAGAUAAACCAAAGAUUAAUUAUGAUAACAAUACGAUGUGGAAAACUGUAAUAUAUAAUCCUCCCAUCACUAGCUGAUAAGUUUUGUGCCAAAAAUAUUAAUUUUAAUGCUUCGAAUAAAUUUUAUAUAAAUAUACUUACUAUGUAAUGUAAAUUUUUAACUGGGCAUCAUGUACUGUGGCAUUAUUUAGUUAAUUUCUUGUGCAAUAUAAUAUUGCAAGGAAAGUAUUUUAUUUUAUAAUAUCUAGUUUUAGUAUGUAAUCUUUGUAUCUUGCAAAAGCUCGUAAACGUGGCGUGUGGUUUUGCUACGCAGCGCAAAUAUACUUAAUUCUAAACAAAAUAAUUUAUUCCUUCUUGGAUUCCUUCAAUGAAAUAUAUUGCAUUUACUAAAACCUCUUUAAAAUGUGGGGGGCGUAAAGAGUAGUGUAAUUGUCAUAUUGACUGGAUUGGUCCCCGUUCAGGCCCUCUUGAACAGGAGGCCUACGGUCUUUUAUGAAGUAGGUACCUGUUAAAUAUACAUACAUAGGUACCAUACUUAUAAGCAACUUUCUCAUAGUAAUAAUAAUAUGAAGCCAAACGCCAGUUAUACAUAGUAAAAUUGCGAUGAUAUGAGUAACUCCGAAAUGCGGUGCGCUUACUCAGUGAUCAACAUUAAAUGAUUGUUGUUGAGUUUGACUAACUUCAAUAUUGGCCCAGUGACCAGCGUAAACAGAGUGCCUCUUAUUUUGUCUCAUAUCCAUACUAAUAUUAUAAAUGCGAAAGUGUGUCUGUCUGUCUGUCUGCUACGUUUUCACGGCCCAACCGCUGAACCGAUUUUGAUGAAAUAUGGUACAGACAUGGGCUACAUCCCGGGGAAGGACAUAGGCUACUUUUUAUCCCGGAAAAUCAAAGAGUUCCUGCGGGAUUUAAAAAACCGAAAUCCAGGCGGGCGAAGCCGCGGGAAUCCUCUAGUAAUAUAAUAACCACUGUUACACCAGAUUACUAUACGUAUACAUCAUAAGUGACUUUAUAGUCAGCAUUUUGUAGUCAUUAGUCGAUUUACGAAAAAAAAAACUGAAGUUUCGGAUUAAUAUUGAUUGUAGGUACAUUAGGUAGAGUAAAAAGACGAGCCGCACGCUAUAAGUUAUUUGGUGCCAAAAAUAUUUACAAGCGUUUGCAAGAUCCAAAGACUAAUGUUAGGCCAAAGUGAAUUCCUAUUGCCAUAAUAUUUGUUGUAAAUGUGAGCCGACAGCUCUGUCGCAAACCACUUGUUAAAAUUAAGGUAACUCUAGAUUGUUAAACUUAACCAUAGAUUAACAUGUGUUAAAAUAUUGCCUAUAUAAAUUAUAGUAAUUCAUUUUACUUGAUAUUAUAAUGUAUAUUGAAUUUAUGAAUAUUAAAAUAUAUAUAUUGACAUUUCAAUGCAAA